UCUUAAAGUGAGCAAAUUCUUAGUGAUUGCUCGCCAAUUGCUCAUCUUCGAGUUGAGAAACUGGAAUAACGAACUUAACAUCCAAAAUUCCAAAUGACCAUAACAACUAUCUUCCUCUCCUUCCUUCUCCUCCUUUUCGGACAUGCGAACUCUGAGUCUCAGCUAUAUGACAAAGAACAAACAGUCCUCCUGAAACUAAAGCAACAUUGGCAAAACCCACCAUCUCUAAGCCACUGGCAAAAUCCACCAUCUCUAAGCCACUCGAACUCCUUAAACUCCUCCCACCAUUGUAACUGGCCAGUGAUCAUUUGCACCAGUGGAACAGUCACCCAACUACUACUUCAAAACAAGAACAUCACCCAAACUGUCCCACCCUUCAUCUGUGACCUCAAGAACCUCACAGUCAUUAACCUUUCAAACAACUUCAUUUCUCAAGAGUUUCCUAAAGCGCUCUAUAACUGUUCCAAGCUUGAAGACCUUGACCUCUCACAGAAUUACUACAACGGCACAAUCCCAGCUGACAUUCACUGCUUGUCUGGCCUGCGCCACCUCAACCUUGGAGCCAACAACUUCUAUGGUAACAUUCCAGCAUCUAUUGGACAGUUAACGGAGCUAAGGACGCUUCAGCUUUUCCAGUGUGCGUUUAACGGUUCUUUCCCAUCAGAAAUCGGCAACUUGUUCAAACUUGAGUCACUGCAGUUGGCCUAUAAUUUUAACAUGACAGCGGCAGAGUUGCCUUCGAGUUUCACAGAGUUGAAGAAGCUUAAGUCUUUAUGGAUUACUGCGUCUAAUUUGAAUGGAGAAAUCCCAGACACGAUUGGAGAAAUGGAGGCUUUAGUGCAUUUGGAUUUGUCAAUAAACAAUCUGACUGGGAAAAUUCCAAGCAAUCUGUUUAUACCAAAGAAUUUAAGUAUUGUGUUUCUAUACAGAAACCAAUUGUCUGGGGAGAUUCCUCGAGUGGUUGAAGCAUUAAACAUUGAUAUUAUUGACCUCUCGGAUAAUAUAUUGACCGGAAGCAUACCUGAUGAUUUUGGCAGACUCAGAAACAUGACAAGUCUGGUUUUGUUUUUCAAUCAGUUAUCUGGAAAAAUCCCGGACAGUAUUGGCCGUCUUCCAAGUCUGGUGCACCUUAAAGUGUUUAGCAACAAUUUAUUGGGGACUCUGCCUCCGGACUUUGGGCGGUAUUCUAUGCUUGUAGAGUUCCAGGUUGCGGAUAAUAAGCUUGAAGGCAAGUUACCAGAACACUUGUGUGAUAACGAAAGGUUGGUGGGUGUGGUAGCUUUUAACAACAACCUCACUGGAGAAUUGCCUAAGUCGCUUGGCAAUUGCAAUGGUUUGAAAAUUGUGACUGUCUACAAUAAUAGGCUUUCUGGGGAUAUUCCUAGUGGCCUAUGGACAUCUUUGAAUUUGAGUGUCUUGAUUUUAAGCCACAAUUCGUUUACAGGCGAGCUUCCUCAAAGAGUGGCAACAAAUCUCUCAAGAUUGGAAAUAAAUAGCAACAACUUUUCUGGUACGAUUCCAGCUGGAGUGUCUUCCUGGAGGAAUUUGGUGGUAUUUGAGGCUAGUAAUAACCUCUUUACUGGCACAAUUCCUCGAGAAUUAACUUCUCUUCCUUUUUUAACUACUCUUUUUCUUGAUCAAAAUCAACUCUCGGGUUCCCUUCCACAAGAUAUUAUAUCAUGGAAAACGUUAAAUACUCUAAACCUUCGCCAAAAUAAAAUCUCUGGACUUAUUCCUCCGGAAUUAGGUAAUUUGGCCAGUCUUACUGAGUUGGAUUUGUCAGAAAACCAAAUUUCUGGCCCAAUCCCACCACAACUUGGCCUCCUAAGGCUUACUUUGCUCAAUCUCUCUUCCAAUCUUUUGAAUGGGAGGAUCCCGACACAAUUCGAAAAUGAUGCAUAUGCCAGCAGCUUGUUCAACAAUUUCGCACUUUGUGCGAGUAAGCCAACUCUGAACAUUAGAAAAUGUGACUCAGAGGUAGAGCCCCAAAAAUCGAGCAAACAUCCAUCCCAAUGUCUUGUUUUAAUAAUAUAUAUGGUGGCAGCUGCUCUAUUGGGUUUGUUAGAUUCACUAUUCGUGGUCAGAUUUCACCGUAAGAGAAAGUAUGGAUUAGAUUCCACAUCCACAUAGAAGCUUACCUCUUUCCAAGGCUUUAUUUCACAAAAAAUGAGAUAUCUUAUUAGGAUUGAUAGAAAAUAACAUAAUUGCUAGCUGUGGAUCAGGGAAGGCACAUAGUGGUGUUGUUAAUCAUUCGCAUGAUGUUACUGUGAUGAGGAUUUAGAAUAACCAAAAGCUAGAGGAGUAGCUUGAAAAAUAAUUUCUUGCAUAAGUUAAAAUACCGAGUUCAACUCAACAUUCCAACAUAUCUAGUGAAGUUACUCUGUUUUAUUUCCCUUGAUAAUUCAAAACUUCUUGUGUAUGAGUACUCAAAAAUCAUAGACUGGAUUGGCAGUUGCUUAGGAACAGUAGAGCAUCAAACAUCUCAGUGCUCACCUCCUGUUAAAACUAUAGAUGGCAGUGCAGAGCAUCAUAGCAGAGUCGGUGAGCUAAGGUGCAUGAGUCAAGCAGCAGCAAGUGCAGCACCUGAUGAGCAAAGGUGCACAGGCCAAGCAACAAGGCUAGCACAGAUCUUCUAAAAGGAAUUGAAGAAGUUCCUUAUCAUGAGCUAUUCAUCCAUAACUUUGAGGAGUUAGUUCCACGAAGUUAGGCAGUUAGAGAGUUUGUUAUUUUUGAAUGCCACAUGUAAAGUUUAGAUGGUUCUAGUAACAAUUUUUAGUGCCAGAUUAGGAAGUUAGUUAUUUUGCUUGGUUCAAACUGUAUAUAAGUAGGAUUAGGCUAUGUAUUUCAAUUCAAUUGAUUGUAAAACUCUUUUCUUCAUCAAUGAAAUUCUCUGAGUUUUAUUUA